AAUAAUGUAACAUAGUUACAUAAGCAAUAAAAAUCCGAGUCUAAGUACCUAUACAUAUUUACAUAGCUUCAUAUAAUAUAUGAUUGUUUGAACUGCGGCCAGUCAGUUUGCUUCGCGUUGAGGAAUGGUACUGUGUUAGUUGCCGGGAAGUAGUUGUAAAGGAUUUUUUAAUUAAUAAAACAUGUUGUGGUAUUGCAUAGGAGUGAUUUUUCUAUCAAUAUGUUGCGAGUGUGCCAAUAUCUUGUACGUUGUGCCGUUUACAUCGAGAUCUCAUUAUAUUAUGUUGAAGCCAAUUGGUUUGGAACUCGCUAAAAGAGGCCACAAUGUAACCGUGAUCACUGGACAUAAAACAGAUGUAAACCUCACUAAUUACCAUCAGGUAAUGGUGGACGACAAGGAAAUCUGGGAAUUAACAGGGAUGAAACGUCCAAACGUGUUUACCAUGGUGGAUAUCUCGGCAGAAGAAUUCCACGAUAUCAUCUUAUGGCGUGGAGGGUUGGGUCACACAAAAGUAACCUUACAGUCGCCUCAAGUGAAGCAUUUCUUGGCAAACGACAACAAAUUCGACCUAGUGAUAAGCGAGCAGUUCUUCCAGGAAGCUAUGUUCACAUUAGCUCAUAAGUACAACGCUCCUCUAGUGCUCAUCACAACAUAUGGAAACUGCAUGAGGCACAAUAUUGUAUCGCGAAAUCCCUUGCAGCUGGCGACUGUCGUAUCAGAAUUCUUGGAUGUUAAGGACCCGACCAGCUUCUGGGGGAGACUCAGGAACUUAUACUUCACAGUUUAUGAGUAUGUGUGGUGGAAGUACUGGUAUUUGGAGAAGCAGGAGGAAUUUGUGAAGAAGUACUUGCCUAACUUACCCCAACCAGUGCCAAGUUUGUAUGAGCUGCAGAGAAAUGCUGCGUUGAUCUUGAUUAACAGUCACUUCAGUUUUGACGGCCCGGUUGCUUACCUUCCGAAUAUUGUGGAGGUUGGUGGAUUACAUCUGACACGCAGCACAAGCAAGUUACCUCAGGAUCUACAAAAACUCCUGGACGAAUCAAAGCAUGGGGUUGUAUACGUGAAUUUCGGCUCAAAUGUCCGCAGCUCUGAAAUGCCGCCUGAAAAGAAACUUGCGUUUGUGAAAAUAUUCUCAGAGCUGAAGCAAACAGUUUUUUGGAAGUGGGAAGAUGAUAAUUUUGAUAUCAAAACAAAUAACGUGGUGAUACGGAAAUGGUUCCCACAAAAGGAUGUCUUAUCGCAUCCAAACGUCAAAGUGUUCAUAUCACACGGGGGUCUCAUCGGGACCCAAGAGGCCAUCUUCCACGGAGUUCCUAUCAUAGGGGUGCCUAUCUACGCCGAUCAAUACAACAAUCUUCUCCAAGCCCAGAAGUUAGGCUUCGGAAAAAUCUUACAGUACCGCGACAUAAAUGAGGAUACGCUAAGGAAAAAUCUCCAUGAAGUACUAAAAGAUGAUUCUUAUAAGAACAAGGCACAAGAAAUUUCUAAACGGUUCAAAGAUAGACCGAUGCCAGCUCUAGAUACAGCGAUGUACUGGAUAGAAUAUGUUAUAAGAAAUAAAGGAGCAGAUUUCAUAAAAAAUCCAGCUCAUGAAUUGAGUUGGUUCGCAAACAACAUGCUUGAUGUUUUUGCUUUUCUUUUAUUGAGCUUUAUUGUUAGUGCGUAUGUGGUUUUUAUUGUUGUACGGGCACUUAUUAUAAUUGCACAAUCUUUUAGUACUAAUAAAAGCAAAAAAAUUAAGACGAAAUAAAAAAUCACAAACUUACCUAUUUUAUUAGUACCAGUCUACACAAGAGCCAUCUUACAUAAAGGCACUGAACUAACUUGCAAACAGCAACAACCUUAGUGUAAAACAAUGUGAAAGCGUUUCAGCGCCAGAAAAGUUCUUUUUCAGUUUCAUAGAUGGCGUUUUUUUUAAAUCCGAAUAUAAAAUGAACUUCGAC